UAUAUUUUAUAUUAUUAUUAUAUUAUCAUUAUAUAAGAAAUUCUCCCAAACAUAUUACUAUUACUUUUAUUAUGCGGGUAUAAAGGCAUUUCGCCUUAACGCAGACGGCUGACCGGCUAUUUUUGCCAUGUAUCGUUCCUACUGGCCAUCGCUAUCUUAUCUUAUUUUAUUUGUAAGACGAUUCUCACUAAUCCAUUUCUAUAUUGCUAUUAUCGUUUUAAAAUGUUAGUAAUUUUACAGUCGUCAUGUUACUCGUGUGUAAUUCGUAUUUCGUACUGUACUCGCCUGUACUGCUGUUGUCCGUAGUGUUUUCGUUUGUAGUCUCGUGUUCAAUUAUUCUGUUUUAAAAUGUCACAAAAACGACAAAGUGAAAUAAACUUUUUUUUUAAAAAGUUGAAAACAAGUGACGAAAAUAAUCUAUCUCCAAGUGAUGGUAUAGAAAAUGUAAACGUGUUACCAACAGAGUCAGAGCCAGCUACAUUUUCUGAUUCGUGUGAAGUCGAUUCUAACAGUCGAUAUGAUAUCGCAUUUGCUAUUGAAGAAAAUGCAAAUCUAAAAAUUCGAAACGAUCCAAAUAUGCUUUACAAAUAUUUAAAAGAAACGUGGUCACCUAAACAAAAUUAUAUUUUCCCUGUUUAUGAAUGUACUGGUGAAAAUUUAGCAAAUACAAUCGUCCAAAAAUUAAAAGAAAUUGGUUUAAGUUUGGAAUUUUUACGAGGGCAGGGAUAUGAUGGUGGAGCAAAUAUGUCUGGUAAAUACUGCGGAGUUCAAGCUAGAAUCUUAAAUUUGCAACCAAAGGCAAUAUACACUCAUUGUGCAUCGCACCGCCUAAAUCUAACUUUAAUAAAAGCAUGUAGAGACAUGAUAUCGAAAGAAAAGUAUCGAUACUUUCACUUGGUAACGAAUGGAAUGAAAAUAACGACACGUAACGACCGGUCAGUGACUAAGUGUACCUUUUGGCCAAAAGAAGAGGAACAAUGCCGAAACAUCACACAUGAUAUAGCAGAACUUGCAUCUUAUUCCUUCUACACCCAUUUAUUACAUUUUUUAUUUACUUAAACCACUAAAAUGUCAAAUCUUCAACAUAGUGGCAACUUGAGAAAUGCUCCUGCGAAGAGUGUCCUUGAUGUGGUGAUAUAAAUAUUGGCAAAUAGUGGUGUAUCAAGUCGACUGAGUGAUCCAGUAAUAGCUAAAAAUUUCUCAUUAUUGAUUGAUAUAAAUGGUAUUAAAGAUGACAUUAAAGAAU